AGAGACAUAACUUCGCAGCGUCUUCUAUUUGAAAAACCCAAUGCCAAUGAUGUUUUAUUUUAUUUUAUUUUAUUUUUCCCUCCCUCUUUUUGUGGCAUUUGUUGCCACUUCCAAUUCCAUCACCUCAUUAACAAAGUAGUGGAAAAGUCACAGUCACUUCAAUGGGAGAAUUAGAGCAAGCAAAGGAAGAGUUGGAGAUGCUUCAAACCCUUUAUCCCAAUCAACAUCACAUCCUCAAACAAGAACUUAGCUCCUUCAUCUUUCAACUUCAAUACUCCCAUUUUCAAUCACACCCCCUUUCCCAAAACAACACCUCCCUCGCUUAUUUAGUAGAUACACAAGAAUCCACCAGCUUGGAGCAAACAAAAAGAAUACAACUUGCUUUACCAGACGGAGAAAAAAAAGUAGUAAUGGAGAAGGGGAAAACUUCUGAGCUUCAAUCUCCCAAUACAAGGAAGAGAAAAGAUAGGGUCGAUUUGGUUCUUGAGAAGGCACAAAUUUGUCUCAAAAAAAUUCGACUUUUCAAGACAUCCUUAUUAUCAUCUACUUGUUGAUCUUUUCAAUUUUUAGGGUUCUUGUUGCUUUUAAUGGAUAUUACUAGUUGUUUUGUUUUUUGUUUUUGGGAAGCGACAAACCUGUCAAUUUUUUCAUGUGGAAGCUGUAAAGGUGCAAUCGUGGGUGAGAGAACAAUGGUUUAUAAUUUCAUAUCUAUGUUCCUGAAUAUUCUACUUUACUAAAAAGGAACCAUUUUUUUCAUUAAAAAAAUCACUUUUUGGUUA